CAGGCAUGCCUAGCCGAUGGCGGAGGGCAGCGCGCAGGCGCGGAAGCGGCGUGGAGCGGGGCGGGCGGCCCAUGGCCCUUGGCGGCGGCGGCGGGAGGUGGUGGCGGUGGCGGCGGCGAUGACCGACUACAGCGAGGAGCAGCGCAACGAGUUGGAGGCCCUGGAGUCCAUCUACCCGGACUCCUUCACGGUGUUGUCAGAAAAGCCAACGACUUUCACGAUCACUGUGACAUCUGAAGCAGGAGAAAAUGAUGAAACUGUCCAAACAACCCUUAAAUUUACCUAUAGAGAAAAAUAUCCUGAUGAAACUCCGCUUUAUGAAAUUGUCUCACAGGAGAAUCUUGACGAUAAUGAUGUCACGGACAUAAUUAAGCUACUAGAACAACAGGCAGAAGAAAAUUUAGGAAUGGUAAUGAUCUUCACUCUAGUCUCAGCAGUACAGGAGAAAUUAAAUGAAAUAGUGGAUCAAAUAAAAACACGAAGAGAAGAGGAAAAGAAACAGAAAGAAAGAGAAGCAGAAGAAGAAGAGAAACAACGAUUUCAUGGCACUCCUGUUACCAUUGAGAAUUUCCUAAAUUGGAAAGCGAAGUUUGAUGCAGAACUCCUAGAAAUAAAAAGGAAAAAAAUGAAAGAAGAAGAACAAGCGGGCAAAAAUAAAUUAAGCGGUAAACAACUCUUUGAAAUGGAUCACAACCUUGAUACCUCUGACAUCCAGUUCUUGGAGGAAGCUGGAAACAGCGUGGAGGUUGAUGAAUCUUUAUUCCAAGAAAUGGAUGAUUUAGAGUUGGAGGAUGAAGAGGAUGACCCUGACUACAACCCUGUUAAUUUAGAUAGUGAUUAGACUUUUUUGAACUGACUCUGUCAUCGGUAUGGACAUACGUAAGGAGAGAGGGGCAGGCAGGAAAGCCACAGCAUCUGUGGUUUUAGUAACAUGUAUCAGUUUUUUGGUUUUUUUUUUCUUUCCAAAGAAAAAAACCAAAAUAUUUUAAAUCCAGGAGAAUGGUCUUCUGAUGACUUUCAUCAUAAAUAAAUUUACUUUAAUAUCUCACAUGAAAAAUUUGAGGAAUAUCGAUGCCUGAAAAUGCUAUUCUGUUUUCUCUUAUUUCUUCUUUCCCAUUUCUGUAACUCUCCUUUGAAGAGAUGUGACAACGAGCAAGAUGGAAAGAUGAUAUAGCAAGCACUAAACACAGCUGAUGGCUGAGCAGCUGUUCUGUUCUUUUCCACCUAGGGAUAUACAUGGGCAGCUUUGGUGAAUGAAGGGGAUCACAUACUAUGCAGGUUUUGGGUUUUUUUUAAAUUUUUUUUUCUUUUGUGGAAUUUUAUACCACUUUAAGAAAUGGUUAGUUCUGGUGCCCCAACCUACGGGCUGUUGAUAGGGCAGCACUAGUCGCCUUUUAAUAAGGCAUGGCCUUAUUGAAGUUUAAUGGAAACGGUUUCCGUACUACUAGAGAAAAAUCUUUUGCCAUAGUUGAGAAUGAUAGUUUCAAAAUGACUAGUUGAAGUCUGUAGGAAAAAAUCAGAAUGAGAUUAAGUCCUCUUAAAAGGUUUGGUUGAUUUGUUCAGAGAGGAUUUUUUUUUUUUUUUUAACUUGUGCAUCAAUGAACUUUGAUGGCAAAAAGAACCCAAAACAAACCACAACCCACCCUAGGAAAACUAGUCUGAUUUUGGCAACAGACUGUUGAAGCACUGUCAAUGGAGUACGGAAUCCUGGAGUACCAGCAUUUAUAGAGUGCUUACAGGUUUGAAUGUAAUGAGUGUUAUUUUAGAAACAUCUUGUUGUCAGCCCAUUAAAGUUAGCACAACACACAGUAGAGCUACACGUCAGCUCCUGGAUGGUAAUCAUCCUGCAGAGUUGCUUAUGGAGCUAACAGCUUGCUGUUAGGUUCCUUCUUCCUUCCCGCCUCCAAAAAACCACAAACCGCUGUGAGAACUGUGGUGUUUGAAGAUGCUGUGUUUAAGACAGUAUCGGCGUGAAGGAUGGCAGCAUGGGUGAACGUUUCAGAAGACAGCUCUCCAAAUAGGGAACCACCAGGCACCUCAAUGAUUAAACACCGUGUGCUGAAUUUUAAAAAUAUCGUUACUCGACUUAACUGUGCCACCUUCAACCUUUGAGGAGGAUUGCACUAAGGUAUCAUAGUUCUUAAAGUUCAUAAAUUUGUUAGUCCUCUAAUCUUUGGAAAUUCUGUAUUCAAAAUGGGAAAUUCCAGAAUUCCAGAAAGAAUUCAAGGUGUAAAAGCUCUACUUAUGUUACUUGAGAACAUCUGUUUGGGAUGAUCUUGAACAUGUUUCAGUAGUCUUUUCUUUUUGUAUUCAAGAUGAAUGAGUUUCUAGAAGACAGAAAUAAGUGCUCAAGUACCCUGUAAAUACUUUUAUAAAUUAACCAUGUGCCUUUUUCCCUACUGCUCUCUAUAUGAUCUUUUAAAUUUUGGCUACUAAGAACUCUGGACAAGCAUCUAGGUUUCAGUGAUGUAUGUUUCAAAGCAAUACGCAGGAUCUGUGUUCCAGCAGAAUACCAAAUACAUUUUAAAAAUUGUGAGCUGUUGUGAUACUAAAUGUGAUUUUUUUUCAAAGAUAAGAUUGGAUUGGAAGAUUCAUGGUGACUACAUCCAGCAUCCUGUGGAAUUGCCAGGAUGCUUUAAAAUGUUCUUCAACACUGAACUUAAUUUACUUCUGGUAUGUCUCAGUUCAGCUGCAUAAAAAUUUAACUCCUAAGGCUGCUUUCCAUUUUCAGCUAUGUUUGUAUAAAACUGGCAUUUUUUUUUUCAUAAAAGGAGUGAAUUACUUCUCUUUAAAUCUAGACUGAAUCCCAGAAUGCCAUGGAGUCUGGGCAUAAUGUGGUAAUCUGAGAAAAUUCUCCAGGUGGGUCACUGACAAGAAUCAUCUACAGAUAAAAAAAAGGUUUUCAUUAAUGGUAUUUCUAGAUUAAUGAUAUUUUUCCAGUCUGUAGUCAUACUAACAUAUUUAUUUGUUUUGAUAGAGAGGAUAUAUAGUUCAAUAAUGCUAAAACAAUGUCAAACAAGUUAAAAUGUGAAAAUGUGUUUCCACUCUCACAUCUUACUUUUCAAAGCAGAGGAAAUAAUAAGGGUUGAAAUGACAAAAAAUUGCAUCAAGUCCAUUCCUCCAAGUCUUCGGAACAAGUUUCAGUGACUCAAUUUGAACUUCAGAUUUGUGUAGCUUUGUUGGCAUUUAACAUCUGUGAAAUAAAAGGGAAUUCGACAGUGAGUAA